GACAUUCGGGGUGAGCGCGCCAUCUGUCGAAAACGUGGAUUAUGUCUCCGAAAACAAAACAACACCCAAAGGUUCAUUCUUCCAAGGGCCUUAACUGAGUGACGGGAGAUGCUAAACAGCGCCCCCACGCCCUCCCGCCGUCCUAAACUAAAGCGCAACGCAGUACGAAGUAGGAGGAACAACACCUCGAGACAAGCCAAAGGACGGAGCAUUAUUCAUAGAUUUGACUGGCAGGAUGAGCGGACGGGUCGGCGACCUAAGCCCGAAGCAGGCUGAAGCCUUGGCACAGUUUCGAGAGAGGCUUCAGGAUAUUCUUCCCCUCUUGCCUGCACAGAACGACCACUUCCUGCUUCGCUGGCUCAGAGCCAGAAACUUCAAUGUGGUGAAAGCUGAAGCAAUGCUCCGCAAGCAUUUGGAGUUCCGAAAACACGUGAAAGCCGACACGAUAACCACCGACUGGAAAGCACCGGAGGUGAUUGAGAAGCACCUAUCCGGGGGCAUGUGCGGCUACGACCGAGAGGGAAGCCCCCUUUGGUACGACGUGAUUGGCCCGGUCGACCCCAAGGGCCUCAUGCUGUCCGCCUCCAAGCAGGACUUUGUCAAGUCCAAGGUGCGAGACUGCGAGAUGCUGCAGAAGGAGUGCGACCUUCAGUCUGAGAAGUUGGGGAAGAACAUAGAGUCCAUCACCAUGAUCUAUGACCUGGAUGGCCUGGGGAUGAAGCACUUGUACAAGCCCGCCAUCGAGACUUAUGGAGAGGUGCUCACCAUGUUUGAGGAGAACUAUCCAGAGGGGCUGAAGAGACUGUUCGUCAUUAAAGCUCCCAAGCUCUUCCCUGUGGCCUACAACCUCAUCAAGCACUUCCUGAGCGAGAACACCCGCCGCAAGAUCAACGUUCUGGGAGCCAACUGGCAGGAGGUUCUGCUGAAGCACAUUGAGCCGGAGCAGCUGCCGGCGAUCUACGGGGGCACGCUCACGGACCCCGACGGAGAUCCCCGCUGUAGGACCAGGAUACAGUACGGAGGCGUGGUCCCCAGGUCCUACUACGUGCGCGACUCCAUCACCAUGCAGUACGACCAGUGCAUCUCCAUCAGAAAUGGCUCCACCCACCAGCUCGAGUACGAGAUCCUCUUCCCCGGCUGCGUGCUGCGAUGGCAGUUUGAGAGCAUCGGAGCCGACAUCGGGUUCGGUGUCUUCAUGAAGAACAAGAUGGGGGAGAGGAAGAGGGCGGGGGAGAUGAAGGGGGUCCUGCGGAGUGAGCGCUACAACGCGCACCUGGUGCCAGAAGAGAACUCCCUCACCUGCUUAGACCCUGGCGUCUAUGUGCUGCGUUUCGACAACACCUACAGCAUGUUCCAGUCCAAGAGGAUCAGCCUAUCGGUGGAGGUGCUCCUGCCCGACAGCCUAUUGCAGUCCCCGAAGGCCGGAAGCAAGGACGUUUCUAACACGAGCCUGGCAACAGAGGGCCAAUAGCAGGGCGGAACAGGAUCACAUGCCGCAACCGAGCGUCGUGAUUGGGCUACGCUGAAAGUGGGUCGCUCACAGAGGCUGUUCAGUCCGGAUGCCGACUCCCCAGAAGCCCGACAUCAUUGAGGUACUUUAGUUUACAAAGAGCCUUUUUAAAAUGCUGCUCACGAAGGAACAGCCAGACCAGAGGGAACCUCUGUCCUGCGCACAGAGCAGAGAUUCUGGCUCUCUUAAUUGUGGCCUGUAUCAAACACUGUUAGUGUGCUUGAAAGUUGAAGUAGAAUGCGAACGGCGUACUUUGAAUCGAUUGUUAACUUUUCCAAAUAAGUAUUUAUUUUUGAGUAAAUCCGCAAAUGAUCGGUCUUGAUUAUUCUUGUAUUUAUUGUUGUACCGCCCAUCUACCUGCAGUAUUAAGUGAUGGGAGAUAUCUCGUCACCUGAAGUGCGAUCUUUUCGUCAGGAAAUCUUUAUUCAACACUAUGUAUGAGCGUACAUAUUACAUUCUGUUUGUUCUAUCACUCCAUAGUGUGCCAGUACCUUUCUUUCACACACACACACACACACACACACACACACACACACACACUCACACACACACACACACACACACACACACACACACACACACACAGACACACACACACACACGCACACACACACACAGUUCAGUAUUAUAUAGUAUUGAGGAAAUGUGGCCUGGUAUAGGCUUCACUGAAUAUACACUCAGUGAGCACUUUAUUAGGUAUUUAUUAGACAUAUUUUUUAGACUUUAAGUCUUCUGUCUUCUGCUAUCCACUUAGUGGUUUGAUGCAUUGAUGCAUUUGACCAGUGUGGCCCUUCUCCACUGACCUCUCUCAUUUACAAGGUGUUUUCGUACCAUUCUCUGUAAAUUCUAGAGACUGUUUUGUGUGAAAAUCCCAGGAGGUCAGCAGUUUCUGAGAUAUUCAAACCACGCUGUCUGCCACCAACCACCAUUCCACGGUCUAAGUCACUUUUUUCCCCAUUCUGAUGGUUGAUGUGAAUAUUACCUGAAACUCCUGACCCGUAUUUGCAUGAUUUCAUGCAUUGCACUGUUGCCACAUGAUUGGCUGAUUAGAUAAUCGCAUGAAUAAGUAGGUGUACAGGUAUAUCCUAAUAAAGUGCUCAGUGAGUGUAUAUGCCAAAAAUAAAAAUAAUUUAAACUUGAAGGUAAAUGAAUACAGCUUCCUUUUCUCUUGCAGGUUAUAUCAAUGAAUGUUUGAUAUUAGAUUGUAUUAUUUCUGGACCACCAUUGCCUCCAUGUAGGUUCUAUAUUUUCUUGUUGAGGCUUACAGAAUUAUGUUGUGUGAAUUAUUCUGUAGCGUGUUAUCUGUUGGGUUUGUUUUUAUGCCACACGCUCAGUAAAGGGGUUCCUGGUGAUUUUUCAUGUAAUCGUUGCUGUACGUACCAGCAUUCCAGAUGACUGUUCAGACCAAUUAUAUCAUGUUUACAACGAAAAACUCCUUUCGGAAUGCCUUUUCUGUGCUGAUUUAGAUAAUGCAUUGUUUAAAAAAACAAGGGCGACUGUAUGCUUUAAAAACCCCUGCACUUCUCCGGGAAUCAGUGUCCCAAGAAUUAACAUUCCAUUACCUUGUUGUAAUUGUGUAAGUGUAAAUGUUUUGUGCUCGGUGUGCGGACUGCUGUUGCAGCACAUCUCACGACGACAUUAGAGGUACAACAGGUCAUUUCAGACUUCUGACGGUCAAGAGAGGAAUAGCAGCAACAAACCACAAACGCUGUUUAUCCCUCCCCCUUCUCUGGAAAUGCGCUGACGUGGAAACGCCAUUGGCUGCGGCAAUUAGAACCCAUUUUCAACCAAUGAGCUUGAGUUAUCGUACAGGUAUACAAUGUUUUGGUACUGAGUGUCGGGCCGUCAACUGUAUAUUUUGAAACCCGAAUUUAAGGACUUUAAACAGACAGAGGGUGAGUCAACAUGUCAGUGAGCCUUUUUCAAUGACAGGAAGGGAUUCACAAUGGUCUUGUAACAAUGUUUUUCAAUGUUGGUCUUGUAACAAUGUUUUUCCUACACAAAAAAUCUUUCCUAUUGUACCUUUAAUGUCUCAGUGUUCUGGUCAUGUGCCUUGGUCAUUUCUUGAUAAUUUCUGUCUGAAACAUAUGAGUUGUUUUUGACUGUACAUUUAACCAGAGGAUUAAAUCCAGGUUCCGAAAGUAAAACUCCUCCCCACUGUUUUGUUCAAAUCACCUGGAUAUGCUAAUUGGCACAAUUUUUCAGCCAGGUGGUAGAACUGAUUAGUAAAACUAAUCUUUUACUUUCUGACUCCUGGACCUUCCACCUCUGCAUUUAACUUCCCGAUUAACCUUUAAACAGUGUAUAUAACCAGUUCCAAAUAUGUACAGUAGAGCUUUUGAGAUAUGUGAAUGGGGUCAUUCAGAGCACUGUGAAUGUGCUUAACUUCUAAAGUGGCCUGAGAAUAAACCAACUUUAGGAAUUUUCUUAAAUACCUUUGUUGGGAUUGUAUACUGCAUCAUACUGUAACAUUAUUUUAUUUUUUUAAUUGACUCUUGGUGAUGAACAUGAAUCAAUUUGCACUCCAAAAACAACUCAAGGCAACAUAUGGCCUUAAUUGUGACUGUUGACGGCAGGUCUGGCCCUCAAUGGCAGAAUUGCUGGCGCUCAUUCUAAUCGCUUGUCAAUUUCGAUUUGAGGUCAAUCCAACCCAAAAAAUGCUCCUUGAAGGAGCUAGGAGCAAGGAGCUAGGAGGCUCCAGAAGGACUCUUAUGCAAGGAUACACAAGUACAUCCUUCGCAGAAGUAUUUUUGUACCUGUAGAUCGACCUCUCCCUGUCUGCCACAUCUGUAACUGACGUGGCUUCAAACUGACGUUUCACUGAACGAGGACUUUCCAUUUGCCUAAUGAACGUUUCCUUGAUUCCUCUUGUCCUUGCAUCCUUUCCUUGCUUCCUUUCCUUGUGUCUGCCCAUGGGGCGGAGCUAAGAAAGGAUGCAAGGAGUGAAAAAUAAGCGAUUGGAAAGAGCUGGUGGUUUUCAUUCUGCCCCUCUAAUCAGGAGUGACUCAAACCAGAGACACCGGGCGAGUUAGACCUCUGGCCAGUCAGUCACUAAUCAAUCCAUGAACUAUCAGGCAGAACAGAAGGGCCGCAGUACUACUGGCCUCGAGAGCCAAAUCUGAGUAUCACUGCUUAGUAUCACUGCUUAGCUACUCUGAGCUGACCCCUGAGGUCAGUUGUACUGCUGGUUACUGAUUGGCCAGAGAUUACUCUCACUUGGUGUGUCAGGUAUACGUCAGUCUAAAUCGGCGAAAUCGGGAAACUUCAGCCUUUUUCACACUAGGGGGUAACUGGUACCAAACUUUAGCCUUAAACUUAAAUUUGAGGGAACUAUCACCACGUGUGAAUCAAGCUUAAGCUUAAGCUGUUGUUCGCUGAAGAGUCCACGCUCCUCGUUCUCAAGGCCUUAAUUGAAUGGUGAUUGAAAGGAAAACACGAAGACCUGUAGAACACUGCAGUCAUCCUUGACUUGACUUAAUUACCCAGAAGUCUGUAGUGCAGCGAUCCCCAGUCAUGUGCCCUGGAGGACCGAGAGUAUGCAGGUUCUCAUUCUGACCAAUCACUUCACCUGCUGAUUUGACAAAUCUGCUUGAAGGUGUGUCAGCAACUCAGCAGGUGUAAUGAUUGGUUGGAAUGAAUGCAUACUGUUGGCCCUUCAUGUCAUGACUGUCCACCACUGCUGCAGUGUAUUCUUGGAACUAGAAAAAUGUCUGUUUAUGAACACCCAACUCCGCCUGUGUGGGUACACUGUUCUGUCAACUGUAAAUGAAAUGAAGAUGAAAUAUGAGACACUGGCAUGUCUUCCUCUGCUUUCUAUUCCAUGGUGGUAUUUAUCGUUUGCAGGUACAGCCAGUGUAAGAUACUGGUGCUACAUGGUAACAAAGAAGUGUAAAUGCAAGUCUUAAGUGUAUCAUUAAACAUGUCAUUGUUUCUCUCGUGUUUUUUGUAAUUGCCUGAUCGUUAUUUGAAGGCAUAAUUUAACAGCAUCAAGCCAAUACUUAUACAUAUGAGUGAGUUACUGUUUUGAAUUAUGCGUCAUAAAGAGGACCAGAGGAAAAAAAUGCAAGCCAUCGACUAAACACAAAAACACUGCCUUGAGCGUUAUUAACUGUGUUACUGCUGUUGUCUUUCUGGCUCUGUGUCAUCACUACGUCCUGUAGAAGUAAUUCCCCUGGAGGUGUGAGGCAUGUAGCUGCCUUCUCUGCAUGUCUAGAGGAAAAUAGAAUGAAGGCACAGCAUAAGCCUGUUCCAGCUCUGCAGGAGCCCUAGAUGGUGUCUAGCUGUAUGGAGUUAAGAGGGCUGUGGGAACCAUUUUGUUGACGGACAGAUUAAGCUUUUUGAGCAGUCAGCCCUGAGAGUUUUCAGAGCAUGUUUAUACAGGCGUGCGGGCCUGUAAUAGCAGAUAUUUCAUCUGCCCGGGUCUGUGCUAAUGCGGGAGCGUUUGCUGUACACGGGAGUGCAUUGAAUGGGUCUUAGGAGCACGCUUGUCUUAAGGACAGAAGAACAUUGUUCAUCUUUUUAAAUUAAGAAUAUCUGUCAUUAAAAAAUGUCAAACAAA